GUUUGUUUACGAUUGGUGAAUGAGGUCCAUUCAAUUGCAAAUUCUUUCUAUGGUGAGGAUUUACUCACAAGUAGAUAAAACUGAAAAGUAAUUUUGUUUACAAUAAAAAUAAUAGCACCUUUUUCUGUUUCAUUCUUAGUUUUUGUCAGACAUGACUGCCCCUUCAUAUUUCCUUUACUAUGCUUUUAAACCAUUUCAGAUCACUUCUUUUCUGCUUUGAUAGACAACAACAUCAGAUAAAUAAGUUAUCUAUAAGCCUAUUUUGUGUCAAUAAUUGUCAUUUUUGUUUGUUUCCAGCUGAUGGCCCAAACAUCCUUUCUGUAUACUUGUUCUAGCAAGUGCGUCUAUACUACUGAAGAGUCUGUAGACUCUAUCUAACUCUAUUCAUAUCCUGCCUGCUGCCAUCCACCGUCAUCCUGCAAAAGGUUUGGGCAAGGAUGUAGAUUAUCUUCAAUUCUGAAGGAACAUCUGUACUAGAUAGGAAACAUUUUUACAAACAUUUACUGAGUGAUAUGUCAACUAUUCAGCCUUGGUAAUGGGAGAGAAUAUAAUAUUCUAAGAGCUUGGUAACUAGGAUUAAUUCUUGAGCUCUAAAAUGUUUUACAAGCGUCUGAAUCGUUUGCUCAGUCUGCGGAACAUUAUAAUCAUUGGCACUAUCACACUUAUUUUUACUUUUUUUAAACUAAUUUACAGCGGAGAUUUAAACAGUGAAAAUUCAAAUCAUCCUUUCGCAAGAGUCAGUGAGCGAAUCCAACAAAAACCAAAAACGAUGGAGAUAGAUUGGUAUGAUGAUUCUGGGCACAGGCAUGAAGAUGCCAGACCCCCUCUCUCAGUUGCUAGGAUAGCCAAAUAUUGCAAUCAUCCCCGUGGAGAGCCUUCUGGUGAAGAAGGUUUAGUGCCAAAAGAUUAUGUUCUUUUGAAUGCACAUGUUGUCAUACGCCAUGGUGACCGCUCACCCAUUUCAAAACUACCUGAUGGAAAGCACCAGAACAUCAGCUGCUUGACAGAUGUCACUCAGUUUGCUCAUGUGCCCAAGUUGUACAACUAUGUUCAUGUCAUGGCCUCAGUGUCCCAGGACAGAUCAAAAGAGAGCCCUUUCAAAAUGUGGGGUAUGUAUCCAGCUCACUCUGUUUGUGCUGAUGGCCAGUUGACUGGACUUGGUGCUAUUCAGCAUGUACUAAAUGGCAUUCACUUCAGUGAGCGAUACCAUUUCCAGCACAAGUUGUUUAAUGAGAACAACUGGCAAGACAAAGUUGUUGCCUACAGCACCGAAGUGUCCCGCACAUAUCAAAGUGCCAUAGCAUUUCUUUAUGGACUGCUCCACAAGUUUGAGUUUGACAACAUCAAUUUGAAACGGGCAAACAAUAUAAACUUUUGUGAGUACAAGUUUGUGGGAACUACCUGCUUCUGCCAGGGUUUAGAAAAUGUCUAUGUUAGAGCUGGUCAGGAGUGCAGGGCUGAGAUGGGCUACAUGUCCUUGAUGAAACGCUACAAAAAUCUUACCCGCCACUUGAGUGAUAUUUUGGGCAUUCAGGAACACAAGUUGCAGUGGCCCACAUCCUUGAUGGACGGACUGAGCAGCUUUGCUUGCCACAGGGCUCAUUUCCCUUGCAAUGCUAACCGCAUUUGUUUGACAUCACGAGACAUUGAGGCAGUCUGGGAACCGGUGGACUAUCUCAGUAACUGUCUAAAUAAAAGCCCCAAGUACAUUUCUUUUGCAAAAGUUUCUAUGUUUGGGUUGCUCAAGAAAAUUGUGUCGGCUUUUGAAAUGGCUAUUCAUAAUGGCAGUGGUCCAAGCUUCCACCUUUAUUCAGGUCAUGACACAACAGUGUCUCCACUAAUUGCUACUUUGGGUCUGGAAGAUGGCCUCUGGCCCGGGUAUGCAACUAGGAUUGUGUUUGAACUCUACAGCAGGCUGAGCUCUAAGGACUAUUUCUUCCGUGUGCUGCAGAAUGGUAAGGUGGUUACUUCAGAGGUUGUGUUUUGUAAGGGGUUAACCAAUGGUGGAUUCUGUAACCUGGAACAUUUCUUCAAAUAUUUUGGUGACUACACAUUUGAUCAGCUGUGUCAUUCUGUUUUGGCUAGCAUUAAGUCACAGUAAAUACAGGCAUUUAUUUAAAAGAAAAGAAAAAAAACUAUAUACUUGUGAUAAUUAUAUUUAAACUGCUUUUUUAAUGAUUUAUGAAAAAUGUGAAUUUGUUUUGAUUCCAUAAUUCCAUAACAAUUUUUUUUUACUUAUUAUGUUGUUAGUUUAAGAAUUAAUUUUGGUGUAUAUUUUUAAUUAUGUUAUCUUCUCUAGAUAAUCAUUAAUGUUUCUAAACAUAUCAUUUUUAACUCGUUUUUUUUUUUAAAGAAUGAUUGAAAUAGAAUAAAUUUUUUUUCAUUAACACUUUGAUUAAAUAUCAUUAUAAAUAGAAUUAAAGGAGGAAUAUUUUUAAUAUUUGUAUUCAUUGCAAUUAGCGCUUCUAUAAUUACAAGAAUGGAAAUCUUCUAGUGAACAAAAUUGUGUCUCCAUUUAUACAGAAGUAGAUUUGCAUGACUACCUUGAUGGACUCUCUAACAGUAUGAAAGUAACAGAGCUGUAUUGGAUGAUGAACAGUUUUUUUUUUUCAAG